AGAAAUAAUUUAAAAAGGGGGCCGGGGGAUUUGCCUUUUUUCUCAUCUCUUUCCUGCGAAAAUGGACGUAGUUCUCAGACUGGUCCAUGUGCCUUCCUUCUCCCCCUUGUAUUUAUACUCAGAAACCCCCCUGAGAUGCAUACCUAGCUAGCUGCUCUUGCUGGACACCUCUCUCGUAAGCUACCUAACUGAGAUCUCCAGCAUUCAUAUAUAUAUAUAUAUAUAUAUAUAUACACGCAUGUGAUCAUCAUCAACUAGAUUAACAGGAGAGAGAGAGAGAGAGAGAGAGAGAGAGAGAGAGAGAGAGAGCUUGCAGCUAGCCAGCUAGUAGAUCGAUCGACUUGCAGUCGAGAUUGAUGGAAUGGAGGAAAGCGUAUUUGGACGUGCUACUAGUGCCACUUGGGUUACUGAUUUCCAUAGCUUAUCAUCUGUGGUUAUGGCAUAAGGUUCGAACCCACCCCCUUUCCACCAUCAUCGGUGCUAAUGCCGUCGGUCGCCGCUUUUGGGUUUCUGCCAUGAUGAAGGACAACGACAAGAAGAACAUACUAGCCGUGCAGACGCUGAGAAACAUGAUCAUGGGGUCGACGCUGAUGGCGACGACGUCGAUCCUGCUCAGCUCGGGGCUGGCGGCGGUGAUAAGCAGCACCUACAGCGUGAAGAAGCCGCUGAACGACACCGUCUAUGGGGCGCACGGCGAGUUCAUGCUGUCCCUCAAGUACGUCACCCUGCUGCUCAUCUUCCUCUUCUCCUUCCUCUGCCACUCCCUCUCCAUCAGGUUCGUGAACCAGGUGAACUUCCUGGUGAACUGCCCGCCGGAGCCGUCGGGGACGGUGUCGCCGGCGUACGUGUCGGAGCUGCUGGAGAAGGGAGUGCUGCUCAACACCGUGGGAAACAGGCUGUUCUACGCGGCGCUGCCGCUGCUGCUCUGGAUAUUUGGGCCGGUGCUGGUGUUCCUCUGCUCUCUCACCAUGGUGCCUGUGCUUUACAACCUUGACUUUGUGUUGGGUGGUGGAAAGGGAAAGGGGAAAGGAGGAGAUGCUAAUCAUGCAGCUACGGACUCUGAAGAAUCUGUUUAAUUUAUUAAUUAAAUUAAAAUAGUUAAACAAUUAAUAAUAUAAAAUAAUAUGUAAUAAUGAUGUUAAUAGUGAGAUUGGUUUCAUAUGUAUGUGUCGUGACUAUGUCAUCCCGGGGGAAAUUAAUUAGUAAUUAAGGUUGUUUAUUUGUUAGUUAA